UUCUCCACUCCGCUCUCUCAAACUCCCCGGCUCCCCGCUCUCCCCCGCCCGUCCAGCUCGUGCUCCGCCUCCGCUGCUCUGCCCUCUUCCUCCUCUGCGUUUCUCCUCAGAGCUGUUUGACUUGACCGGACAGUGCUGUUCGGUGGCUCGGCCGCGAUGCCGGACUCCGACAACGAGUCCGGCGGGCCGAGCAACGCGGAGUUCUCGUCGCCGCGGGAGCAGGACCGGUUCCUGCCGAUCGCGAACGUGAGCCGGAUCAUGAAGAAGGCGCUCCCGGCCAACGCCAAGAUCUCCAAGGACGCCAAGGAGACGGUGCAGGAGUGCGUGUCGGAGUUCAUCUCCUUCAUCACCGGCGAGGCCUCCGACAAGUGCCAGCGCGAGAAGCGCAAGACCAUCAACGGCGACGACCUACUCUGGGCCAUGACCACGCUCGGCUUCGAGGACUACGUCGAGCCGCUCAAGCUCUACCUCCACAAGUUCCGCGAGCUCGAGGGCGAGAAGGCGGCCACGACGAGCGCCUCCUCCGGCCCGCAGCCGCCGCUGCACAGGGAGACGACGCCGUCGUCGUCAACGCACAAUGGCGCGGGCGGGCCCGUCGGGGGAUACGGCAUGUACGGCGGCGCGGGCGGGGGAAGCGGUAUGAUCAUGAUGAUGGGACAGCCCAUGUACGGCGGCUCCCCGCCGGCCGCGUCGUCCGGGUCGUACCCGCACCACCAGAUGGCCAUGGGCGGAAAAGGUGGCGCCUAUGGCUACGGCGGAGGCUCGUCGUCGUCGCCGUCAGGGCUCGGCAGGUAGGACAGGUUGUGACCGUCGCCGUCCAUGCUUGCAUGGCCAUGGCCAUGGCAUGGCUCCCGCCGCCGGCUUCUUGCUUGGUGUCGGUAAUUAGCGCUGGUGGCCUGCGCUGGUUAAGUUAACCUUCGGUUUUCCCCCCUUUUCUUUUCGUGGUAAGUAAUGUUGUGCUGAAUGGAGACAGUGAUAUGGUUAAGAUAGCUCCAUAACAUCUCGGUAAUUAAUCCUGUGAUUUGUACUCUAAAGCUGCUGCUAAACUGAGCUAUGACACAAUACAAAUGCUGCCAUUAA